AUGGUUGAAGAUGCUAUGAAAGUUAUGAACUCUUUGGAUUGUCCACAUGGAGAAUAUAUAAUUCUUGAUUACAACCAAAAUAAACUUGUGUUCAGAGAAAGAGGAAAUGGUAUAAUGGAAUUAAAAAAUGCUCUUCAUGAUGAUCAAGUUUCAUUUGUUCUUCUUGCACUUCGAUUAGAAUUACAAGGAAUUCCUGAUCAAGUCCGUUUGAUUUUUAUGCAUUGGAAAGGACCAGCAGUAAAAAGAAUGGUAAUGGUUAAAGCAAAUCAAUUUGUUCAGCAAGCUCUUGAAAUUCUUUCUCCAAACCAUGGACAACUUGAAGUAAUUGGAAAGAAUGAAUUUACUGAAGCCAUUAUUUCAGAAAAAUGGAAACCAUCUGCAGGUUCUCAUGUUAUAAAUUAA